AUGGAAAGAAAACGAGCCGAAAGUAGAGGAAAGCACGAGGAUAGUUUUUUUGAAAAGAAUAAAGACAUUAAUAAAGAAGAAUUAACUUUGGAUGAACUUUUCACCGAAAACAUAACAAAUGAGUGUAAUCAAGGUGACGGGGCAGACGACCCCUCAUCACAUGUUGGUAAGGAGGAGAAUGAGAAUGUACGCAAAAGACAAAUCGGAAGAAAAGUGAAAAAAGUAAACAGUACUAAUAAAUUUAAGGAAGUCAGAUUGUAUAUAUUUUUGGUUCUUUUAAUUUGUUUAUACUCGCUUUUAGUGGUAAGACCUGAGUUUUUCGUAUCGCGAGAAAAUUAG